AUGCAGGGCAGGCCGUGGACGGUAGCUGUCUACCCACCUCGAAAGGCUGGGCUCCGGCUGAAGCCCGGUCUGCACACUCUGCACACCUGUCGGGAACAACGAACGUGGGGGAACACGGCGCGUGUCUGGGGAUAUGGAUAUGGAAUGGGUAUUUGA